AUGAAAUGCUCUAUUUCCAAUCAUUCUGAAUUUAUUUCAUUUGCUUGUCUUGAUGAAUUCUGCACUUAAUUUAGAUUAGGCUGCGUCUAAUGCAUAAAAAAUAAUAUUCAUUUUGAACAUAUAAAUAAUUUGAAAUAAAUCCCUGAUCUAAUUAGUUUUUUAUCAGAAAAAUCAAAGCAAUGCAAUGAAUUUAUUAAUCAACUGAAUAUUCUAAAUGGAAAAAUUAAUGAGAUAUUUGACUAUUUAAAUCAGAUGAUGGGAAUAGAUUUCUCAAUCACAGGCGAAACAUUAAAACAGAUAAAUUCCCAAUCAAUGAAUAAUAUCAUUGCUUAGCUAAUUAAAUUUAAUAGUGAAUGCCAACCAUUUAUUUAAUUGGCAUCUCAAAACACAGAAAUAUUAAUUAAAUACUUUUCCCAAUUUUUUUUAUCAUAAGAAAUUCUUUAAGAUCCUCUAGAAUAAAAUGACUAAAUUACUACAAAUAAUACAAAUUCAGAAUUAUAAUCAUUUAAAUAUCAAGUUAUCAACUCUAUCAAAGAAAACGAUUAUUGUUUUUCAGUAUGUUUUAAUCAAGAUUCUAGUAUUAUGAUUACUGGAUAUAUGGAUGGUAUAAUAAAAAUAUUUGAAUUUAAUUAAGGAAAUAUUAAAAUUUUAUAAAGACUCAAUGAACAUAAGGGCAUUGUAGGAUGUUUAAAUUAUAUGAAUUAGUCAAAUUCAUUUUUAUCUGGUAGUUUAGAUAAUAGUGUUAUAAUUUGGAAGAUUUAUGAAAAUAAUAAAUGGUAUGCAUAAUAAAAAUUAACAGAACACAAUAAUUGGAUUCGUUGUAUAUUGAUUAAUUAAUAUGAUGAUUUAAUCAUAUCUGGAAGCAGAGACAAAAGCAUUAAGUUUUGGAGAAAAGAUAAUUUAUGGUAAUGUUCAUAAACAUUAAAUCACAAUAAUAGUGAUAUAAUGAGUAUAAGUUUAAAUGAAUCUUAGAAUUAUUUAAUUUCUUGUGCUUAAGAUGAUAAUGAAAUAUUGAUAAGUUAUUAAUAAGAAAAUAAAGAAUGGAUUAUUAUAUAAAAAAUUAAUUAAUAAGGUAAAGAGUAUGUUUUAUUAGUGAUAGCUUGUUUAUUGUCUAGCCAUAUCUGGCUUCUAAAAUGA